GUUGGGACGUACCAUAUACGCCCACUAGAUGACGUAGUUUCUCAACAAGGAAGUACAUUCCUCCUGUGCUUUGCUAGUUGAGUGAAUGGGUAGUCAUAUGUGCAGGCUCUACUGGAGACCGGAGUAAUUAAACUGGCGAUUUAACACGUUAAAAUAGCGAUGUCUCCUGAUGAGUUGGUGUACUUGGGAAUUCUCGCUGCCUCCAUCCCUGUUGGAUUCCUCUUCCGUUACCUCAGUCCUCCAGUGAAGCAGGGGGCAGCUCUUCUUCUGGGCCUCUCCAUCACCAUUGCCACCUGCCACAUCCACACACUCCACUCUCUGGUGACGGUGAUUGGAACAUGGAUCAUUAUAAAGAGCAGCUGGCGGCAUGCCCCGGCCGCGAGUCUCAGCUGGACCUUUAUCUACCUCCUCUUCUUCCGGCUCGUCACUUGGUUCGGUCUGCCACCGCCAACCCCUUUUGCCAAUGCCGUCCAGCUGCUUCUCACUCUCAAGAUGGUGAGUCUGGCCAAUGAGGUGCAAAGCUUCCACAUAGAGAAGAAAAAGGAAGUGAGCUCUUUCAGCAAGUCUCCUGUCAUCGGGGGUCUGUCUCAGGAGCCCUCUCUCUACGAUAUCCUGUCCUAUAGCUACUGUUACAUCGGAGUCAUGACAGGUCCAUUCUUUCGCUUUCAAACGUAUGCCGACUGGCUGAAGCAGCCAAGCCCGCAGGACCUGCCCGGCUGGGGGCCUUGCCUGCAGCGAUUGAAGCUGGUUCCUGUCUACGGUGCUCUGUUCCUGGCCGUCAACUCCAUCUUCCCACUGGCCUAUGUUCGCACUGAGGAGUUCCUGGAUCAAAACUAUUUCUUUAGGCUGUUCUACAUGACAGCAGUAUUCUUCGUGUUUCGGAUGCGUUUCUACGCAGCGUGGUGUGGAGCUGAGGCUGGUUGCAUCAGUGCAGGUCUGGGCUGUUAUCCAGAAAAGGCGCUGUCCAAACCUGGAGGAGGACCCACUGUCAACUACAGCCCUGAUCCCUCUGCUGAAGAGAAGUAUGACUUCAGAACCAUCCAGAACAUCGACUGCUACAACACUGACUUCUGCGUGAAGGUCCGUCAUGGCAUGCGCUAUUGGAACAUGACAGUGCAGUGGUGGCUGCAUCACUACAUCUACCCCAAUGCCCCCUUCAAGGCCUACACUCUCAGGGCUGGAUGGACCAUGUUCAUCAGCGCCUACUGGCACGGACUACACGCUGGGUACUAUCUCUCCUUCCUCACCAUUCCCCUGUGCAUCGCAGCCGAGUCCGCCAUGGAGGCGUCAGUCCGAGCCAAACUGGGUCCUCGUGGACAGAACAUCUUUGACUGGGUUCAGUGGUUCUUGAAAAUGAGGGCUUACGACUACAUGUGCAUGGGCUUCGUGCUGCUGAAGGCCUCGGACACCAUCAACUACUGGAUGUCCAUCUACUUCAUCAUGCACGUUAUCGCCGUGUGCUGUAUAAUCGUCAGCAGGGUCCUGAAGGGAGGAAAAAGGGAAGGGAGAAGAGGGGACAAGGAGGAGAAAAGAGACGGAGAGAAGAUCGAGAACGUGAGAGAGAAAACUGGAGAAAAAACUGACUGAAUGGAGGUACAGAAAAGAACUGGUCGGAUACUUUUUUGGGGGACGUGACGGGGAGUUACUUCAACAUUGAUCGCACCAACACUCAUUUUUCUAGCAACAAACAGGUCAAAGAGGAUUUUGUCUGGGAAAAUGUUAAAGUUCAACUCGAUCUUAUUAAAAAUACAGAAAAAUCAGGCAAAAUGUGAUGUGAAAAAUAUGGCAACAAAGGUUAAAAAAGUACUGUGAACAUUGGGAAAGGAAUGUUUGAGCUCUGUGAAUGUUACUUUUAUAGUGUGAUUGGCAACCGGGGUGUAAAUUGAUCAUUCACUCCCCUCGCCUGUGCGUCUGCCUGUACAGUAAGUGUGCUUCUCAACUGCAUCCGGUUUUAAGUGUCCAAGUGAACCGCAUUACUGGUCAGUAUGAGGUAGCUGAAAGGUCAAGAUGCUGCCUUAAAAACAUGGCGAUUCAAACAAUAGCCCUCAUAAUGUCUAUGAAUAAUUGAAAGAGAAGCUUGUUGAAUGUGAUUAAAUUGAUGCCGGAUGAGUUUUCAAAGGUAAAAACAACAGUCCUCAGUAUUAUGUUACGAUACCACUAUACUGGAGUACAUAAUGAAUAUAUUAUGAGAGUAUUGACAUUAGGGCUCGGCUGUCAUUUCCUGUGUGAUGAUCCCAUUUUUGUGUGUGGGCUCUAUCAAAGUUUUCUAUUCAUUAAUUGGACCACAUUAGACAGUGUAAAUAGAAUUAUGUUUUUGUGACAGAUGAGACACUUCAGGUCAAAGUAUCCACAAACCUUUUUGAGAUUUGGGCAAAAAUGUAUUUUUUAUGGCUUUUGACAGCAUUUUCUGAUUCAUGAAGUGAUAAAAAGAGAGAAACUUCAAAGAAGUAUUUUGAGUUCAGCCAGACUGAUCUAGAAAUGUAAGAAACUUAGCACAUAUUUCAUUAGAUAAUGAAUAUUUUGCAUAUUUGAUCAAUAACUUAUAACACAAAAUGUAAUUGUCUUAAUGUAAGAAAUCCACUCAGAAGGUUUUGUGGUGAAAUCUGUUAGUUACUUCCUUUUACCUGUCGUGUCUCCCCUCAUCCAUAGUAAAACAAACUGUAGCCGUUAUUAUCUGCAGGCAUUAUUUCCUUCAGAAGCAGAAUUACAAGCACGUUGAUGCACUGUGAGAUCCUACUGGUUUAGUUUUAAAGCAGCUGCACAAGGUCCAGAUUACAGUUGUCGUGCUUCCUAAUUAUAUUCUUCACUUGUUUUAGAACUAGUCUUAAGCAACCACAAGCUUUUCAGCAUUAUAACAUUCCUCAUUUUAUUUGCUCAACAUGUCUGCGUUUACUCCCUUGAAUCCAGUGAAUUCAAAAUGUUUUUCUGUUUUAAGUUUUUUUUUCUCCUCACUGCUUUUACGCCUGUAACUGUAAGUGAUUCAGAUCACAUCAGGAACAGUAUGCACUGACAUCUCAAUAGCAGUGUCCUGUGAAGACUGUGCCAUGUCAAAGAUUUCACUGCCAACAUGUCUGUACUGCCAUCGUGGACCAUUCAGGGUUUGGACCAAACAUUUGAUACAAAAAAGUUGCAAGUUUCACAUCAUCAACUACAAGCUGCCAACGUUAAGUCAUGAAUAACAGCACAGCUGGGGCUGGGCGAUAUGGUUCACAUCAUUAUUACAGUAAUCAUUUGGUUACUUUCCAGUGUGUAUAUUACUAUGUGGAAUAUGAGUACAACAUCAUAUAUGAACUAAUCUGACUGAUGUUACAAAUAAGGUUGAGGGAGUGCGCGUAUCAUUCAAAGAAAACAUUCUGUUACUCUUGUAAUCAGAACCAUUCAUCUGAAGCUCAGUUCAGAGGCUGUUCUGUCAGUAGUCUUAUUGAUAGAUCUAGCAACUACUGAUCAAUGGUUAUCAAUGUCAGGCUUCUUUCACUUCUGGUUUAAAAGGUACAGAUGAUUUAAAGGUGCACUCACUCAUCCUUAUUUAAAGGUUAAGGCCACUUAUUUUGCACAUUAAAGUGUGUUUACAGGUCUUGGGGAGAACUACUGCACAUGUGAAACAGGUAGUAAAAAGACUUCUGUGGCUGGAGAGGAAGCUGUGUGUAAUUUAUCAGAUUACAUACAGCUUCCUCUGGAGCCCCAAAAAGCUUUUUACUGCCUGUUAACAUACGCAGUAGUUCUCCCCAAGACAUGUAAACACACUUAAUUUUGCAAAAUUAGUGGCGUUACCCCUUUAAAAUAUAUAUACUGCCACACUAUAUGUGUUAUCUGUGACCACAUGUGUAAUAUGUUUAAAACAAAAACCUAAAUAACAAAUGUACGUUUAUUCGGACAGCAGACAUGCCCAGACUGAUCACACGAUGAUCAGAUCUUUGCGAUAUGCUCCUGCUGAGUGCUGCUAAAAUGAUCGCCCAGCCCUGGCCACAGUCAACUGUGUUUUAGUUGGAAAACAUGUGGAGAGUCCUUUCACUCACUCCUGCCUGUGAUAAACUGUGUGAUAACUCUACUGCGUCUCUCUUUUGUACGAGCAUGACUGACAGCAGAAAAUUGAAUCUCCAACUGUGUUCUUUUCUCCAGAUUUGACUUUGAAACGAGAUGAUUUGAAUUACAGAUUGGUUUUGUGUUAUUCCUCUACCUUUAUCCUCUCUCCAAAACUGAAUCCUUUGGUUCUCUUUCUUGUUUUAAUGGUUCCACAGUGAUGAUUGUGAUGGUUGUAGUCCUUCUGUUGACUGCUUGCCUCCAGACUAUUUAUUUUUCAGCCUUUUGUCUGUUCUCUUGUGUUUGGCUUCACAUGCUGCUGUAACACUCCCUGCUUUGUAAAAGUGUUACUUGUGGAAUACAUAUCAGCAUUUCCUCAUCA